GUAGUUUUAGCGCAUAUAUUGUACAGCGAAGCGGAGUGAAGUGAUGAGUGUUUAGUCAAUUGUCUUAAUCAUCUCCAUCUCUAUGGAUGUGUUGGUGUUUUUGAAACAUUUAUUAGAAAAUAGUAAUAAAAAGGUGGACUCAUGUGUGUGUUUGUGAUGAGUGGUGUAUUGGUGUGUCCUACUGAUCCUUUGGGUACGCAUAGCACCGGACAAUGCAAAAGGAAGCCAUGUAUGGCAUGGGUCCACACGGAGUACAGGCACAGGAUAUGGGACACAUGUCCCGACAUACACGACAUGUGAGACGCAGUGAUGUACCCACUUUCGGUCCGGGAGGCUCACCCUCCAAGCCAUAUAUUAACUCAAUAUCACAGCCGCCCUCAGCCCGAGGCAGUCCUAUUUCUUCGCGACAUAUUAUAAGUCCGACUCACGGUGUGCGCAGAGGCCGUCACGGUUACGGCAUCAGUAGAUCCAGCAAUAAUAGUCCACUUACAUUACCCGUUGAACACGUCCCGCAAUCGUURAGCACUACCAGUGCUUACGGCCACGGCUUCCCAUAUUACGACGAUCCGGGCAGUCCUAUCAUGGAUACCAGAGUGCCUGGCAUUAUGCACGGCUCCGCUGGUCGGUCGCGAUCCGGCCGAGUGCCGCUUAGGAGCUACCACUCUCUGGAAAGGGAGCCUUUGGACAGGGAUUACAUGAUGAGAGAUCCCAGAGACAGAUCUUUUGAUCGAAUAGAAAUGGGAGUCAGACAUCAAAGAAGAGAGAGAUCAUUGGAUCGGUCCAUAUAUUUAAGAGAUGAUCCAACACAACCUUAUAGAGAUCGCGAAACUAUAAUCGACGACCCGUACAGAGACAGUCACAGAGGUGUUCAUACGAGUCUCGGCCAUUCCAUGGGUACCGAUCCCCGACAUUUUCAGAGCAGAGAUAGCUUUGUUAUGGAACUACAGGCGCGACUCAAUGAACUACAGGCCCAAUACGGUAAUGUGAAACGUGAAUUGGAUGCAACCACACAAAAAUUGGGUUCAAGUAUGCAUAGUAUCAAAACUUUCUGGAGUCCAGAGCUCAAGAAAGAGAGGGCUCUUCGAAAAGAGGAGGCAGCRAAAUAUGCGCUCAUCAAUGAUCAACUCAAGAUCUUAAGAUCAGAAAAUCAGAAACAGUCGGCACUCAUCAGACAACUGGAAGAAGAGUUAAGGAUAACACAUAUGCGUAAUCCGGACGCCGACGUCCAGCAACAUAUCGAUGCUCUUUACUCAGAGAAGGAGCACAUGUCUAAAGAAGUAUAUCUAUUGAGGGAAACCAUUAAAGAAUUGGAGCUCAGAUUAGAGACUCAAAAGCAAACGUUAGCGGCMAGGGAUGAGAGCAUCAAAAAGUUGAUGGAAAUGAUGCAAAACAAGGGAAUCGGUGGYAAAAUUAUGGAAGAAGAGAGAAUGGAAUACGAAAGGAUUAGAUCCAGAAAUAUUGAACUCGAGACCAGACUUAGACAUAUCGAACAUAUCCUCGAAGCCAAAGAAAAGGAAGUCUUAAGGAUGGAAGAGCUGAAGAUUGAGCUCAACAAACGUGAUCAGGAAAUACUGGCAGUGGGCGCCAAAAUGAAGACUCUGGAGGAACAGCAUCAGGACUAUCAAAGACAUAUAGCUGUACUCAAAGAAUCUUUGUGUGCCAAAGAAGAACAUUAUAAUAUGCUUCAGGCAGAUGUGGAGGAGUUGAGGUCACGGUUGGAGGAGAAGAAUAAAAUGAUUGAAAAGAAGACACAACAGACAAUGGCCACCACUCAAGACAGGAAUAAAUUGACUCAAGAAUUACAAGAACUUAGGGAUCACGUAGACAUCAAAGACAGAAAAAUAAAUGUUUUACAACGAAAAAUUGAAAACCUUGAGGACCUUCUUAAAGAAAAGGACAAUCAGGUAGACAUGGCUCGGACCAGACUCACUGCAAUGCAGGCCCACCACUCAACCUCCGAGGGCGCCCUUACGAGUCUAGAGGAUGCUAUUAGUGAUAAAGACAAACAAAUUGCACAAUUGAAGGAACAGAGAGAUCGAGCKGAACAUGAGUUACACGAGGAACGGGAGAUUCACGAUAGACAGAUAGCUGAAUAUAAAAUGAAAUUACAUUCAAUCGAAAAUGAUAUGGAAAAACUUCAGGUAAGACUUGAGAAGUUGAUGUCUGAGAAGGACAGAGUUGAGGCCAAACUCGAGAACUCACAGUCAGAGUUAGGCAAAGCUAGGGCUGAGUUAGAGAAACUACAGUCAGAAACGUGGAGACAACAGAGCGAAUGGGAUCGACUUAAGUCUGAAAAUGCCAGAUAUAUACUGGAAAAUGAUAGACUUAGGGAACAAAUUGACAGACCAACAAAAAGUGGCAGAGAUUCGGCCGGAGGUUAUCGGGAUAGAGAUAGAGAUCGUGACCGAGACUAUGACUUUCGAGAUCCCAUAUCAUCGUUGAGUAAAUCAGAGCGAUUGUUAUCCAAAUCAGAAGAAACAGAACGACUGCAAGAAAAACUCGAGAAGACUCAACAAGACUUGAGAAGAGCUCAGGCAGAGCUUAGGAUGAAUCAGUCUGAACACGACAGGGCCAGGACUGAGAUGGAACAACUCCAAGAAAAGGUCGAAAGAUCUCAGGGAGAGAUAUACAGACUCAAAGCCAAACUCGAAAAUGCAUUGUCUGAAAGAGAGAGUCUGUCUGAAGAAUACGACAGAAUUCAGUCUCAAAUUACUAGAUCUCAGAUUGAAAAAGACAACGCUUUAGCCGAUGCAGAAAAGUCCAGACAAGACUUGGAUCGACUWCAGGUCACACUAUCUAAGACUCAAACUCAAUACGAAAAGACACAAUCAGUUCUCGACAAGACUCAGAUAGAAUGCGAGCAUUUGCAGGAAAAGUAUGACAAAAUGUGUUCAGAAAUGCGUCGAUUACAGGCAGAGAAGGAACGGGCCAUCAGUGAUGUGGAGCACUAUCAGACACAACUCAAAGAAAUACAAAAUCAAUAUCAGAAGAUUCAAAACGAAAGAGAAUUAACACUUUUAGACGUCGAAAAAAUGAAAGAAAAGAUGGAAAGAAGUCAAAACCAAAUGAGUCGAUACCAGAAGGAUAGGGACUCAGCCAUACAUGAGACCGAAGUCAUCAAAGAAAGAGUUGAUCUCUUGCAGACGCAACUAUCGAAAGCUAACAAAGAUAAAGAGGCUCUUCAGGAUGACCUACAGGUGAUGCGAGAACGAGCAGAUAAGGCACAGAAAAUGGCUGACAAAUGUCAGAAUGCUAUCGAACAAAAAGACCAAGAAAUCAGAUGUGUUAGAGAACAGAUGGAAAAAAUACAGAUUCACUUCCAGAAGACACAAGAAGAUAAAGAGAUUAAUAGAGCUGAACACGACUUGCUUAUGGAAAAAUUAGACAGAGCUCAGGCAGAAGUGGUUAAACUUCAAGCAAAACUGGAUCAAAGCCAGACUGAAGCUGAAAGAUUGCAUAUUGAUCUGGAAAAGGCUCAGUCUAUUGCUUCCAAAGCAAAAGAGGACAAAAAGAGAGCUCAGGACGAAUUUGAAGGUCUUCAGGAUAUAUAUGCGCGAACUAACUCACAACUCAUCAAAAGUAAAGACUCGGAAGAGAAACUCAGGACUGAACUCGAAAAAUCAUUAAUGGAUUUGGAAGUCUUGAAAGAAAAAUACGARAAAACACAACAAGAUAUGCGAAGAGUUCAACAGGAAAAGGAUAAACUGCAGACCGACGCCGAUCGGGUAACAGUUGAGUUGGAUCGCGUCCAAAGUCAACGUCAAUCUACACACAGUAGGGAUGAAAAGACACAGGAAGAGAUCCAAAGACUACAUAUUGAGUUGGAACAGAUGUACGCCAAGAUUGAGAGGGCUCAGGCAGAGUAUCGCAAAUGUCAGACCGAAAAGGAAAGACUUGCAGUCGAUAAGGAGUCACUUCAGGCAGAACUCGAUAGGUAUAAGAUUCAGAUGAAUAAGUUUGAAUCAAAUCAAGAGAAGACACAAUUGGAAUUUGAAAGACUUCGCAUUGAUUUAGAAAAAAUUAAAGAUAAAUACGAAAAGGCAAGAAUCGAUUUGGAAAGAAGUAAUGCAGACAAAGAAAGACUCUUUGUUGAGGUCCAGAAAACUCAGUCUGAAUUAGAAAGAUUCAAAUCUGAUAAGAGUUCGACACAACAAAGAGAGUCGGCAGCCAUCGAGAUAGAGAAGCUCUACAAUGAGGUCGAAAAGAUACGCGAAAAAUAUGAAACGGCCAGAAGUGAAAUGAGUCGACUUCAACAACUUAAACAACAACAAGAACUCGAUAUCGAAGUUCUUCAAAGAGAAUUGGAUUCUUCAAAGGCUAAGAUUGAAAAAAAUAAGGCUUCAGAAGAAAAACAGAAAUAUGAGAUCGAAAAAGCAAUGAUUGAGUUCGAAAAAAUCAGAGAUAAGAUGGAGAGAAACCAAAAUGAAUUAAGUAAAGCCCAGAAGGAAAGGGAUKCAUUGGCCGUAGAGGUCAAACAGUUGCAGACAGCGCUCAAUCAAACUAAAGCUCAACUCGAGGUUGCAUUUAAAAACCAAUCACAACAACCAUCAGCACAACAACAACAACARCAACAACCAAAUGGAGACCAAAUACAGAAGUAUACGACAGAAAUCAAUAGAAUUAAACAAUUGUUGACAAAGUCUGAAACGGAUCUCCAGAAGAAGCUUUCAGAAAACCAGAGAUUGCAGAUGGAAGUGGAAAGUCUUAAACAAGAUGUGGUCAAUUCCAACGCAUAUAUCUCUAAAAUACAAUCGGGAGAAACGGGUAGUAAAGUAGAGACUGAUAGGAUGGUCGCCGAAAUUAAAAAAUUAGAGCAACUCAUAGACCAAACACAGAUUGAAUUGAAGAAAGUGAUGAAAGAGAGAGAUCAGUUACAAAUACAGGUCCAAGAAUUGGCUACUGCUUAUGAAUCGCAUCGUAAAUCCGGAGAAAUGCAGCGCCGGUCGAGUGCUGAGUCACAGCAACAGAUACUCGCACUUCAAUCAGAUCUUCAGAAAAUGGAUCAACAAUUAAGAAAAACUGAGACUGAAAACAAAGAGUUGAAACAAAAACUGGAGAAGUCUUUGCAAGCGAUCGCACAGUUUCAGAAACAAUUGGAAAGUGGAAGCAAAGAAUUUCAGAAAAUGGGUGAUGAAAAUAGACAACUUAAGACACAAGUUCAACAACAACUUCAACAACAACAACAGUUGACACAACAGUUGACACAAAAGGCUGGAAUUGAUAAUUCAAAGAUAGUUGAAGAAGUAAACAAAAUAAGAGGUGAAUUGGAGAGACAGAGAUCUGAGACACAGAAAUGGAUGCAAGAGUCGGAACAAUUGAGAAAACAAUUAGAAAGAGCACAACAAGAUAUCAAAGGACUUACUGCCGAAAGAGAUCGCUUCCAGAGUCAGCUCGAAAAGUUGGUCAAUGAAUUGACUCAAAAGGAGCAUGACUUACAGUCAGCCAAACAGCAAUUAUCAAAAGGCAUUCAACAGCAAACACAGCAAACGACUCAACAAAACGCUGAAUUGCAGACUUUGCGCAAACAAUUGGAUGAAAGAGCCAAAGCAUUGGAUGAGACCGAGAAGUUGCUGAAGAAGCGCCAGCAGGACAUCGACCAAAUGGAGGUUCAGCUCAUGAAUGCACUCAAACAGGCGUCGAGUGCGGCGCCCGCGGCGGCCGGUAAUGAGGCGCUCGUCAAUGACUUACGCAAAAAGUGUGAGGCAUUGGAAAAGGAUAAGCAAAAGAUAAUGCAAGACAUGAAAAAAACCAAAGACGAGUCUAAUAGCAUUCAAUCAGAAUUAGAGAGACUGUUGAAGAUUAUGUCGACCUCUGAGGAAGAGAAGUUCGCCUUAAAUAAGCAAAUUCAAGAAAUGCAAAACGCUCUUAGAGCUGCACAAAGUAGUGGUUCCCGAAGGAAUACUCAAAGUGCCCAACAGCUAGAGGAGGCCAGACCUCAGGCCAGACCCCCGUCAGCGACUGGUGCACCACCCGGUCCAACACAACAGGGGCCACAACAGAGACAACAACARCAGCAGCAGCAGCAACAACAACAACAGAAUGAUAAUAAAAAAUUGAGACAAAUUGAAUACCUAAAUGAAAGAAUCGAAGAACUCGAAGAAGCCCUUAGAGAGAGUGUCCGAAUGACCGCCGAAACUGAGUUUGAAAUGAAAGAUAAGGAAAACUGUCUCCGAAAGGCUGAGGAACAGAUUGAAAAGUUGAUGUCCGAUAUACGUGCCAUGAAUAAGGUGUCCAAUGCCACGUGUACUAACUGUCCACAACUUAAAGUCAAUAUGGAUUGGUUGGAAACAAAGUUUAAAAAAUUAUUGAUUGAACGUAACAAACAYCUCAACGAAAUAUUUGAUAUGAAACUGGAAGGUCUUUCGUCAGCUAUUAGUGAAAAAGACGCUCAUUUAGGACAACUGGAAAUGUGUGGCCUUAGAAAUGCUGAAAAUGCCAAAGAAGUGGACAGAAUAAAAGCGCAAAAGAAAUUUCUUAUGGAUCAACUCAAACAAGAGAAUGAAAAUCGUAUCAAACAUUUAUUYGAUACCAAAGAGAUCUUAGCGGACAUUCAGAAGAUAUCACACAAUAAUAGUCAUAAAUUUUUUAAUAAACAUAAAAUAUCACUUUAA